GUAAAUCCUGUUGUUCAUGUUUUUUUGUUGUGAACUCAGAACUGUGUAUUUUGCUCAAUAUUUUGCUAAAAACGUAAUAAAAGGUGUGAACUAUAUGUGCACACUUUUUGCGAGAUAACUUAAUGGAUUAAAGACAGUAUUGAGUUAAUCAGAAGCAAUCAAGUAACCACAGAAGAAAUGACGGGGGUCACUUAAUCAGCUCUGAAGUGUUUCUCUCCCCCGUGAGUCAUGAAGUCACUACAGGAAUACGUGACGCAGGUGUUUUAUACCCACGGCCUGUUCUGUGCCAGCCAUCCUUACUCCAUCCUGACUGUAGUCAUUUGUGUCAUGCUUAUGUCUUUUUAUCCCUUGGUACACAUGCCCCUGCCAGGAAAUGUGCCACUACAACACAGAGAGCCUCUGGCAGAUUACAAAGUCCCCUCAGAGAAAUCUCCUAAACCCACCACCCCCCAGACCGGAAAAGAUAGCCGUCCCAACGAACUCUUCAAACCCCCAUGGUAUCUAGGAGUUCCUGUUGGGUACAUCCAGCAAAUUGUAGUCAAGGCAACAGUGUCACCAUGGAAACAAGAAUAUAUGAUUCCAGAGGAUGCGUUUAGAACACCUUUACUCCGGGUAUUUGAAAUUUUGGAGGAACUGGAAAAAUUCAAGUUCAAGGAGGGAUCUACUGAAUACUCCGUGUCUGAUGUGUGUCUGCGUGUCGGGGAAGUCCUACCUAAAAUCAAGUUCAGAGAAUUACUCCCAAAAUAUUCCUGUCUGACACUUUCACCGGCCAAUUUCUGGUUCAGCAAGAAAGAGAAAUAUUUAGCAGAUGGGGAGAUUCUCAAAACCUUGUUCAAACGACAUGGUCAACCUUUGGAGACGCCCCCUUAUCUCAGAGACAUCUUGUUUGGAAUCCCUUGGAAGAAUUCUGGGAUAUCUCGUUACUUUAUCAGGAACCAACAGAGAACCAUCAGCUUUGCCAUCUCUGUUGCUUUAAAGAACUACAAUAAAAGUUUUCUAUUGGCUCUGAAGUCACGACUGGAGGACCUUUAUCCAGAAACUGCGCGGAAUGUCAACAACAGUCAGGUCAAUACGAUAGUCCACAUCCACUACCCGGACAGCAAAGUGUUCACGGAACACACCUACCUCAUCAUUACUUACGUAUUCCUACUGAUGUAUAUCUACUUCUCUGUCAGAAAGAUUGAGAUGGUGAAGUCUAAGUGGGGGCUGGCCCUGAGUGCCGUGGUUACCGUGGUAGCCUCACUUCUAAUGUCUGUCAGUUUCUGUUCCUUGUUUGGACUCACCCCGACACUGAAUGGAAGUGAAAUUUUUCCGUACCUGGUUGUAUUUGUGGGUUUGGAGAAUGUUCUUGUGAUUACAAAGUCUGUCGUGUCCACACCUGUUGAUCAGGAUGUUCGAUUUAGAAUUGCACAAGCGGUUGAGAUUCUUACCUUUGUACCAGCUAUACAGGAGUUUGCUUUGUUUGCCAUGGUGGGACUGCUGACGGAUUUUUUCUUACAGCAUGUUUUCUUUUUGACCACACUGUCCAUUGAUAUCAGAAGGAUGGAGCUGACAGAUCUUCACAAGAAAUUACGAACAUCUGUAUCAGACUUUCAGACCGGUCAUCCCCCAGGGUCAAAGGUCAUGGAGCCCCUGGUCCUGUGUCCGGCACGGGGCUUUAUAUCCGCCCCUAACCAGGGCACCACAGACAAAUCCUCCGUGAAGAAGCAUCGCAGGACUUCGUCUAAUGUUGCCCUCGGUCCACCGUCAUCACUGGCCGAUUCCAUCCAGACCUCAAGACGGUUACGCCUGAUUGAUUUCCUGGCAGAUACCAGAGUUAUCCAGAGAUUUAUCAUGUUCUGCACAGUGAUAUGGAUUGGAUUAAUUGUGUACAAAAGUGGAGUUCUGGAGCACCUCUCAAACCCUCACCAUUCCAACACAAAGAACAUAUCCCAGGAUUCCACUGGACAUGUGUCUCCUAAUGAGAAACUCUCCAGUGUUGGAGAUAAGGAAGGUCCGAGCACUACAGGGCAGACUGCCAGCUCCUGGUGGUUUCAGGGUGAAUUGGUGGAUCCAGAGGGAGUGGUGAGACAUAGGGAGGUGGAACUGUGGCAGCAGCUGUCUUACAAACACUGGCCCACUCUGUUUGGCUACUACAAUAUCAGUUUGUAUGGAAAAUUCAUAUCCAUUUUGCCCAGUCUUCAUCUUUCUAUUGUGGUGGACCCCAAUGAAGCAAUUUCCCUGAGACAUCCCAGUCAAAACGCAGGCAAAACCCCACAGCAGAUUAAGCAGGAAAUUGAGCAGAUCUCCCAAGAACAAUUGUCGGAAGCCAAGCGCGUGGAAUCUGAUGUACUCCCUGAUGACAGUAUAAAAGGGCUGCUAGAGUCACUACCAAACUACAUCUACGACUCUGAUCAGCUCAGGAAACUUUACGACCCUGAAGAACUCCGAAAACUGUACCCCAAAUCCCAGCUAGAGCUCAUCUCCACCAUUCUGUUGGUGUUGUUCAGUGCUAUCUGUCUGUCCUAUUUCGGGCUGGCAUUGUAUCACUGUAUCUGUCCCAAGAAUUAUGCCAGAUGGCGCUCUAGAUGGUUCAGAGGUCAACAGAGAAAGCGGGAAAAGGUCGGGGGGUAUUACAAACAAAUCAAGGAGUCUGUUCCCAAGGUCCUCAAAGGGCACCUGCAGGAGAUAGAGUGUGUGGUGACAGAUGGUCAGUACAUCAUCAGUGCCUGUCUGGGGGGUCAGCUGAGGGUCUGGGACUCCUUCACGGGGGACUGUGUCACUGUUAUCCACAGGAAAGGAACCACACCUCCAGUGAAGCGAAAACCUUGCCUGGGUCGGAACAUCAAUGACAGUGAUGCUGACUUGUAUGCUGAAUACCACGGUAAUGGUAGUCAUGGCAACAGCAGUGACCCAGAAGAAGUUGACCUUCAUAGAGUUCGGCCCAGACAGAAAACAGUCAGCCUUGUACCUUCUCCUCAUGGGAAGAAACUAUUCCAGAAUCAGCCCAAUCUCGCAGGGACGAUUCACACCAAUUUCAAUGUGGCUCCCCCAUCCCCUGUCAGCCACAGCUCCCCCACCUCUCUGGAUCCACCUUCAGUCUUCACCCCGGAGAGUUCUCCCUCAUUAGAUAAAUCAGUCAGUCAGUUGAGUGGGGUGGUGUCUGCUGGGUUUGACUUCCAGUCUCGUUUUCAGCCUCUCUAUGAUGAGCAUGCUCAGUUCCUGAGGGAAAAUCCAGUGGAAGAGGAGGUUUUCUCAGAGAUUAGAUCAAGAAGCUGGAGUGCUGGAGACCAUCCUUUGACAACAGAGCACGAUGCUGCCUUGUUUGACUCUGGUUUUGAGGGGAACCAAGCACCUGCUAUCUGGUGUCUCGCUUGUUUUGAAGGUCUGAUAGUGGCAGGCUGUGGGAAUGGCAGAAUUGAGUUCUGGGAAAGUACAAGCGGCAGCUUAAAGUGCAUGUACGGUGAUAACAAGACUGGAGUUACUGCCCUUUGUAUAGUUAAUAAAAGGGUGGUUGCGGCCAGACUUGAUGGUUCUUUAGAUUUCUUAGAAAUUGAAACAUUCCAUAAUCCUAUCUUACCAUUAACCAAUCCGUCCUCUUCUCCACAUGUCAAAGGCCACAUGAGGUAUCAUAGUCAACAUAAAGUAGUAUUAAUGGACUCCUUGAAGACGUGGGAGGAGAUUUUACAUGUGACCUUAGUGAACAGUGUCAAAGGUCACCAACAGCCAAUCGUCAGCCUCAAAUGUGAAGGAGGGCGAGUCAUAUCUGCCAGUCAAGACCACUCCCUCAAAGUGUUCCGUUUAGAGGAUAGCAGGUGUUUGUACACUUUGUAUGGCCAUACAACAAAAAUAACAGUGCUAUAUGCUGACAAGACACCACCAUUUAAUGUGGCGAGUGGGGAUGCUGAGGGAACCACCAGACUCUGGGACCUUCACACAGGCACCUGUCUUCACAAGGUCAAAGUUCACGAGGCGGCAGUUGUGGCCUUGACCUGUACCCCUAAGUAUGUGGUCAGUUCUGGACUGGAUGACCGCCUGUGUAUCUGGGACAGGAAGAGGGGGACUCUCAUUCAUGAACUGGACAUGGAUCCUUGUGGAAACAACUGCAUGGCUUUAUUGACCUCUCACUUGUUAGUGACUGGAGGUCAAGGUCACAUCCAGUUGAUUGACCUUGACAAAGGUGACAUCCUACGGACUGUGAGUGUGGGAUCCUUUGACAAGUCGGCCUUUGUGAAUCAGAUCCACGUCGUACAGAACACAGUGAUAGUCUGUGACUACGCCAGUGAGAUGAAAGUGGUUCAGUUCCCCACAGUGUUGGAGAAAAUGGACUGAAGUUCCAGCAAAAUUAUCCAUGUUGUUGUUAUUCCCGAUUCCAAUCUUGUAGAAAGAAAAACAAGUUUGUUGUCAAGGUUAUUUAUUUUCCGACUGUUUAAGGAGAAGAGAAAUUUUGCAGGAGAGCAAAGUUAAGGAAGGUUUGUUGGUUUCUCCACUGACUCGUUUGUCAAAAAAUAAAAUUCCCCUGUCUGUGACAGCUUGGAAUGAUUCUGUGAUCUCAUGUGGUGUGCCAACCUUGUGAAAUCUACUUGAUUAUGUAUAAAUUAUCAAACUUGUUCUUAUCACUCUAUUCCAAUAUCGUAUCUCACAUUAUGGAAGCCAUGUUUUAAGUGCAAUGAACCUAAACCAGUCAGAAGUAAGAGAAUUAAUCAUGACAUACUAUUUUGACAUGUCUAUCAUAGUUCAUUGUUAUCUCAAUAAUUCAGAAUUUACUAUUUCAUCUUGUUCAUUAUAGACCCAAGUCAUACAUGUAUUUCUUAACAAGUGUAUUUAAAGUAAAAUUAAAAAAUGGCAGCCAUCUUAAUUAAGGGUCAUGAAUAUGCAUGCAUUUACAAGAUUAUAUCAUGUCUUUAAAAAAAAUGAGCUUUAUUCUCUGAGACGUAUUGCACCCUUGGCACUUUAUUAACAUUUUCAUGUACCAUGGAUAAUACAUUUAGCUGUGUAAAGGCUUUCCAACACAAAUGUGUUCAAUUUUCAAUAGGGAAAAUUUAGAGACAACUUUUGCAUCUAAGAACUAGACUAAUGCCCUGUACAGCUUCUCUUUGCUUUAUACUAGAAAUAAGCAGGUGCUAGCAAUUAGCCAAAGGUGACUGAAUUUGCUCAAGCUUCUUUUUUUAGAGCAGCUUUUUAAAGAUAAGUGCUAUAUUGUAGUUGUUUAAUAGUAAAUUGAUUUUUAAAGCCCCAAUAUGAACAUUUGUAUAUAAACACUGUAAAAUAAGUCUGAAAAAAAAUUGUCAAUGUUAGCUGUGACUGUAUUUUAAAUAAUCUCAGACUUUAAGACUUGGUCAUUGAUUAUACUUACAUUUAUGUGUAAAAUAAUUUCUACAUCAACUGAAAAAAAUAACCAUAAGAUUAAUGCAGUCGGUUGUCUUAAGCAUUAAAAAUGUAUUAACUAGUUCUUUUAAUAUAUCAUCAAAAGCAGAAGAGAGACUGUAUGGGUAUUUGGUGUGUUUAUUUAUUUGAAGAAUUUUUUGCUAUGUAACAGCAUUAUAUGUACAGGACUAUAUCUACUUAACAAAGAUUCCUUGUCUUAUGUCUUUCACAGUAUCCCUCCAUCAAUUAAUUUAUUUCUUUACUUCUGUAUUUAAGGUUCAUACUGAUGUUAAAAAA